GUAAAUCUACAUUUAUCAGUAGUUCCGAACGUCAAAGCAGUGCUAGCGCCGAUAGAAAAGGUGAUGGGCGAUUGAGAAGACGACCGGAUAUAAUGUUUGUAAUGAAACGUGGUAAAAAAAAUUACGAACUUUUAUAUGCCGAAUGUUCACGUUUGACUUGUACAACACGAAAAGAAAAGAAUGAUGGAGUAAAGUUGUGGCGUGAAACUAAUGAUGGUAUGUAUUGGACUCGUAAGAGUUGUAAGCCUGAUAAGGAUGAAUUCGGUAUUAUUGGUGUACAAGUGGCAGGAAAGAAAUUACGUCUAAGUAUUCUUAUUAGGGAUAUGAGUGAGGUGCAUCGUCAUUAUCAUCUCCAUGAAUCAGAAAUACCAAUUCAACAAUCAGCCCCUUCCAUCGUUACAAAAUUUGUAGAAACCUUGCUAAUAUUACGAAAUAUUUUAAUCGUCAAUAUGACCUUACUCCAUAAUGCAUCUUUACCCAAAUCAGGUAGACUUGUAGAAGAUAGCUCAACUAUCGAUUCUGACAAUUAG